AUGCUAAUUUUCAAAAAGACCUACGGCAUCCCCACUAUCUCAGCCCUCUUAACCAGAACAAGCCAGUUCUCCAACCCAGAAACAUCCCUCAAGCGCUACACAGAUACAAGCGCCCUCGUUCAAGAAAUGGUCGGCAACAAUCCAACAUCCAAACGCGCUUUCCUCGGUCUUGCGCGUACCAGAUACCUGCAUCGCGGGUAUCGAGCCUCUGGCCAAAUCCCCGAGGAGGAUAUGCUCUACACGCUGGGAUUAUUUGCUUUGCAGCCUAUCCGAUUCAUUGCCAAGUUCGAGUGGCGUACGUUGAGUGAGAUGGAACGGUGUGCCAUUGGCACUUUUUGGAAGAGUGCCGGUGAUGCUCUUGAUAUCAGCUACGACGCAUUGCCUUCCGGGAGCAGUAAGAGUGGAUUCCGAGAUGGGAUUCAUUGGCUUGAGGAGAUAGAUGAGUGGUGUGAGGAGUAUGAGGCUCGUUGUAUGCUUCCUCAUGUUAAGAAUCGUGAGGUUGCGGAUCAGACGACUGCUGUUUUGCUUUAUAUGCUCCCGAAGUUCAUGCAUCCUGUGGGACUGCAGUUUGUUUCAUUCAUGAUGGAUGAGAGGCUGAGAAAAGCUAUGCUGUGA